AUGCCGGCGAAAAAUACCCUGGAUUAUUUGGAGAGAGUCCUUGAUCCCGUUGCCAAACGUACAAGGGGAAGACACAGUAUCCUUCUCCUCAAUCCGUCACUGGCACAGUACAGGGACACCAUUGCAGGACUGUACCGGCAUCUCGAAUACGAUCCUCCAACAGAGAUCCUUACGGCCAUACCACAGAGGGACGUGCUCAACUACACGUGUAUCAAGCCAACGGCAGAGUCUGCGUCUGCAAUUGGCCCUGUGGAGAUCUACACCAUCUGCCAGGACAACUACACCAACCUGAGACUGCUGAACCCGCUGAGGACGUGUUCUGCAGAUAUAACUGUGGUCGUCUUUAUUGAUAUCGAGCGGAACAGACUCAUGGAGACAGUCAAUGGCCACAACUACAUCGAACGGUCCGACCAGAAUAGCCUUGCCGUUUUCAAGGAGACCUGCAUCAGACCAAUUCUUGAAGAGACAACAACCAUUCUCAAUGACACUAGUUUAAAGUUCAAGUCUUGCAUUGUCUGUGUCACAAACGCCUCUCUGCUAUUGUACAACUCUCUCACAACGUCCCCAGUAGACUACAUCCAGCAGUUUCUGCGCACUAAACUACUCCACCACACAACAGAAACAGGAACGUUUGACUACCUCGUCUACUUCCGCAAUUCCAUAUCCACUACACCCACUACACCCACUCAGUCCACCACCAGCCAUCCCCAAUCUCUAUUCUUCAACCUCCUCUGUGGCCAGCAAAUAGACGAUUCCUUCAACAUCCAAGAGUCGAGCCUCCAUCCAGAUAUUUUCAUUUGUGCUGCAAAGGACUCAAGUUCUCGCAUUGCCCUUCUCGCUGAAUAG